GGCACCAUGCUGCCCAGCUCCAUCCAGAUCUCGGGCGAGCCGCUGUCGGGCGCCGAGGUGCGCGACAUCUGCCGCGGCCUGCGGGACAACGCCGUGCGGCUGCUCUCCCUGCGCGGCUGCCGCCUGUGCGACCGCGACUUCGGCCGCAUCUGCCGGGCCCUGGCGGGCGCCACGGCGCUGGCGCAGCUCAACCUCAACCUGGGCGUCGUGUCCAGCCCCGGCCGCGUCCGGCUGCUGGCCGACGCGCUGCGCUGCAACCGCUCCGUCCAGUCCCUCUUCCUGCAUGGGAGCCCCCUGACCGAUGCAGGUCUGGCCUUGCUGAACCCGGCGCUGGCCCUGCACCCUGCUCUGGUGGCCCUGGACCUGGGGGACUGUAUGCUGGGUGAUGAAGCCAUCAACCUCAUCUGUGGCCUCCUCCCACCCGACGGGGCCAAGUCUGGCCUGAAGGAGCUCACGCUGAGUGCCAACCCUGGCAUCACCCCUAAGGGCUGGAGUCGCCUCGCCAUUGCUGUGGCCCACAGUUCCCAGGUCCGCGUCCUCAAUCUGGAUUACAACCCUCUGGGUGACCACGUGGCAGGGAUGCUGGCCGUCGCUGUGGCCUCCAGCCGCACAUUGGAGGUCCUGGACUUGGAGGGCACAGGGCUCACCAACCAGUCAGCUCAAACCCUGCUGGACAUGGUGGAGAACUACCCCACCGCGCUACGGAGCCUGGUGUUGGCAGAAAACAGCAUCAGCCCAGAGCUGCAGCAGCAGAUCUGCGACCUUCUCUCGGAGGGGGAGGAGGAUGAAGAGGCAGCAGGAGGAGCUGCAGAGGCCCGGGAGCGGGAGAGAGGGCAGGAGUCAGAGGGGCACCAGAGGGGCAACAGCUCCUGGAUUUGCCCGCAUGAUACCAGUUCUCAGAUGGUGCUAAUGACAUCAGGACUCGGGGACAGUCUGUUGGCCGAGACUGAGAUGUGACUCUCCGCACCUGGCAUGGCUAAAAUGAUCUGUUCGUGUCCCUAGUACCUUGCCCCAAGUGUGGGGGUUGGGCCCUGGGGCUGGGGAUGAGGGUGGGAACCUGGGGCUCUGGCAGCUCCCGGUGUUGUGUUGAGACAUUAAUCUGGGACUAAGAAGCAGCCGUAGGGGCGCUUGGACCCCAGGCAGUGUCUCUGGACUUGUUGGCAGCUCUGGCUGUAUGUAACCCGCUGGCUCGGAAGAGAUUUUAUGAACUCUACAA